AUGCUGCGCUUCAUUUUCCUAUUUGUAUUACCGCUGGCUUUUGGGCAAUCUGACGAUGCUGAAAAGGAAAAUGGAAUUUGGCCCAGAUGGGAACAACGCACGAUCCGAUGCACAAAUUCUACGCAGGGCCUCGAUUGCCAUCUGGAGGCACCCGGAUCAAGGACCCUGAGUGACACGAACCGUUUCAAAUGCCACCGCGAGCCGAUGCCAAAGACAACUUGGAAUGGGCUGCCAGAGUCGGAGACUCGGAUCGCCUGCCCGAUCGGGUGUGCCCCUGAAGCUGAUCUGUCCGUCAUUCAAAAGACACCUUAUAACAACCCGAAAUGCGUCAAGUAUUUCACGUAUGGAAAGUAUAGGGAUGCCCGUCUAAAGGAAUGGUUCCUGUGGAAACCGGCCGAGGAGCUGAAACACCGUCAAAAGGCC